AUGGAGGUGGAGGAAGAGAAAAUAAAGCAAACAAAGUGGAAGAGAAGAAGCAGCAGCAGCUCAUCAAAGUCAUCUUCGUGUCUUAUAAAUAAUCUUGAUGAUGGGUGUCUGAUGCACAUCUUUAGCUUCCUCCCUCCCAUCCCAGAUCGGUAUAACACCGCCCUCGUUUGCCACAGAUGGCUUUUCUUGGCAUGUCACCCUCGCUUGUGGCUACGAGUUGAACGAUCUGUCAAAGAUCGAUUGGAGGAGCCUGGAGUUUUCCCCGACAUUGAGACUGCUGUUGCUGCUGCAAGGCCUGGUGACACCAUUCUAAUUGCAGCAGGAGGAAGGCAUCUUGCUUCUAAUAUUCAAAUAAAAAAGCGACUUUGCCUGAUUGGUGGAGGUGAGCUACCUGAUGAAACAACACUCUUUUGUUCUCGAGCUUCAGACAGUGCAUUGGAGUUGCUGUCCACCUGCAAAUUGGCAAACUUGACUGUGAAGGCAGAGCUUGGUUGUUGCUUGCUUCAUAGAAACGGAAGGCUGACGAUAGAGGGGUGUGUGCUUCAAUGCGAGUCAAAUCCCCUGGACCAUCUUUCAUGCCCUAUUGUGAGCACUGCUAGUUCCCAGACAGUAUUCCCUUCCUCUGUGAAAUGUUCUAAGGACGGUGUUUCCGUAUUUCGAACUCGAAUUGAAGGAGGUGCCAAGGCUGUUCUGACUAGUGGGGACUUGACAUUGCAGCGAGUUCGAGUAAUUUAUGCCCGGACAUCGAUCUUUUUCUGGUUUGAUGUAGAGCACCAGUGA